AACUUCAGUCACUUCACCUCUGCCUUUAACGCGUUCCUCGUGAGUGCAGUGACUACAGUCACGUGCCUGUCAAACCCCAUUCCCUCGCGCAGCCCUCGUCAACACAACUGAGGAAGUAGCAAGAGGCUAACCUGGCUAACGAAAACAAGGUGUCAAGGCCAAUGCGUUGUUCGAUACCGGCCCUACUGAGUUGACUGACGUUACGUUAGUUGUUAUCGACAAAGUAACUGACUGCCUUUGCUCGGUUUUCAGUUGACAUGGAGUGAGAGGGAGCAAUGUUUAGGGGCAAGUAGCCGUGGCUUGCUAACUUCCGAGCUAGCAGGCUAACGAUCAGCUGUUGUUAUGGUCGGAGAGAUAGCUGGCUAACAAGCCAAACAGCAUUUCAUUACAUCAGUCAGCGAGGUUAGGGGUUUACCAGACCAGAUUUCCUCGUUGCCUGUCAAAACACUUAACUGCUCCGUCGGUUAAUGGCAGCACAUACAGGCGUACCAACCUAACAGAUUGAUCAGCGGCCAGUAAGUCAGCUGUUGUCCGACAGGCGUCAAAUCCGUGGGAUCGAUCCAUCAGCGCUACCUGUAAAUUGAAUCAGCAACAUUGCUUCAACAUGCAUGACGCCUAUGAACCAGUGCCUAUUUUGGAAAAGCUUCCUCUUCAGAUUGACUGUCUUGCGGCCUGGGAGGACUGGCUGCUUGUUGGAACAAAACCAGGGCAUCUCCUCCUCUACCGAAUUAAGAAAGAUGCAGGCACCAACCGGUUUGAGGUGACACUGGAAAAGUCCAAUAAGAACUUCUCAAAGAAAAUUCAGCAGCUCUACGUUGUCUCACAGUACAAAAUUCUCGUCAGUCUUCUGGAGAACAACAUCCACGUCCAUGACCUCCUCACCUUCCAGCAGAUCACUGUGGUGUCCAAAGCCAAAGGAGCCACGCUCUUUGCAUGCGACCUGCAGCAAACCAUCUCAGGAGAGGAAAGGUUGAGAAUGUGUGUCGCAGUAAAAAAGAAACUCCAGCUGUAUUACUGGAAGGAUAGAGAGUUCCACGAGCUACAGGGGGACUUUGGUGCACCAGAUAUUCCAAAGUCCAUGGCAUGGUGUGAAAACUCCAUAUGUGUUGGUUUCAAACGAGACUAUUACCUUAUUCGGAUGGAUGGCCGUGGCUCCAUCAAAGAGCUCUUCCCCACUGGGAAACAGUUAGAACCUCUGGUUGCCCCACUGGCUGAUGGGAAGGUGGCUGUUGGGCAGGAUGACCUAACUGUGGUCCUAAAUGAAGAGGGCGUUUGCACCCAGAAGUGUGCCCUGAACUGGACAGACAUCCCUAUAGCGAUGGAGCACCAGCCUCCAUACAUCAUUGCUGUUCUCCCUCGGUACGUGGAGAUCAGGACCUUUGAGCCGAGGCUGCUGGUGCAGAGUGUGGAGCUGCAGAGACCUCGCUUCAUCACCUCAGCUGGGCAAAAUAUUGUGUAUGUUGCCAGCAACCACUUUGUGUGGCGCCUGGUGCCCGUGUCAAUAGCCAGCCAGAUCCGCCAGCUUCUUCAGGACAAGCAAUUUGAGCUGGCUCUUCAGCUGGCGAAGAUGAAGGAUGAUUCAGAUGGUGAUAAGAAGCAGCAGAUACAUCACAUCCAGAAUCUCUAUGCCUUCAAUCUGUUUUGCCAGAAGAGAUUUGAUGACUCCAUGCAGGUGUUUGCCAAACUCGGAACAGACCCCACCCACGUGAUCGGACUGUACCCGGACCUGCUCCCGUCAGACUACCGCAAACAGCUGCACUAUCCCAACCCUCUGCCCACACUGUCCGGGGCAGAGCUGGAGAAGGCUCAUCUCGCGCUCAUUGAUUACCUCACCCAGAAACGCAGCCACCUGGUGAAACAGCUGAAUGACUCUGACCCUUCCACAACAUCUCCACUCAUGGAGGGCACCCCGACUAUUAAAAGCCGCAAGAAACUCCUGCAGAUCAUUGAUACCACCCUACUGAAAUGUUACCUGCAUACCAAUGUGGCCCUGGUGUCCCCCCUGCUGCGUCUCGAAAACAACCACUGCCACAUCGAGGAGAGCGAGUAUGUCCUCAAGAAGGCUCACAAGUAUAGCGAGCUCAUUAUUCUGUAUGAGAAGAAGGGCCUGCACCAGAAAGCUCUGCAGGUGCUGCUGGACCAAUCCACCAAGGCCAACUCUCCGCUGAAGGGCCACGAGCGAACAGUGGAAUACCUCCAAAGACUGGGAGUGGAGAAUCUGGGCAUAAUCUUUGAGUUUUCCCCCUGGGUGCUGAAGAUCUGUCCUGAUGACGGCCUGAAGAUUUUCACCGAGGACCUGACAGAGGUGGAGACUUUGCCCCGAGACAAGGUGCUGAAUUUCCUGAAAGAGGGCUUUACCGAGCUCGCCAUUCCAUAUUUGGAGCACAUCAUCUAUGUGUGGGAUGAGAAGGGGCCAGAGUUUCACAAUGUGCUCAUCCAGCUCUACCUGGAGAGGGUUCAGGUCCUUAUGAAAGAGUACCUCAACUCGCUGCCAGAAGGUGUUUCAGCCGUCGCUGCAGGAAAGGAGAAGGGCAAACUGGGAGAGUUCAGGAACAAGCUGCUGUCUUUCCUGGAUAUUUCUACCAGCUACGAACCAGCCAGACUCAUCAGUGACUUUCCCUUUGAUGGCCUGCUGGAGGAACGGGCUCUGCUUCUGGGUCGGAUGGGUAAACACGAGCAGGCGCUCUUCAUCUAUGUGCACAUCCUGAGAGACACCCACAUGGCUGAAGAAUACUGUCACCGGCACUACAACAGUUUAGUUGAAGGAAAUAAAGAUGUUUAUCUGUCUCUGCUGAGAAUGUACCUGUCCCCGCCUGACGUCCACUGCCUGGGGCCCAUCAAGAUGGAGCUGUCGGGACCUCAGGCCAACCUCCAGGCAGCCCUGCAGGUCCUGGAGCUGCACCACAGCAAGCUCAACACCACCAAGGCCAUCAAUCUGCUCCCAGCAAAUACUCAGAUCCGAGAGAUCCGGGUUUUCCUGGAGAGCGUCCUGGAGGAGAAGGCUCAGAUGAAACGCUGCAACCAGGUGCUGAAGAGUCUCCUGCAGGCCGAGUUCCUCAGGGUGCAGGAGGAGCGUAUCUUCCACCAACAGGUGAAAUGUGUCAUUACAGAGGAAAAGACCUGCAGAGUUUGCAAGAAGAAAAUAGGAAACAGUGCAUUUGCCAGGUAUCCCAACGGUGUGGUGGUUCAUUACUUCUGCUGCAAAGACCGCAACGUGUGUCCCACUGAGCAGUAACAGCUUCUCCUCCCCAAGACUGUUUACUAAUAAAUAAUCCCCCCAUAUUCCUUGUGGACUUCAGUGCUUGGACAUCCAUGAACUAGAAAAUACAUCAGAAGGUUGGAAGUGCCUGGAAUUGGACGCUUGCACUAUGAGUGAGGACGUUUUUUUUUAAUCCCGAGUUAACCUUUGGCACUAAUGUUGUCACGCUUGACUCAUUGAGCAGAACCGGCGCUCCUUCUGAAAGCAAAGGCUGCGACUUUUUUGUCUCCCUGUGCGUGAGGUAACAGGAGGAAUGUCCGGGGUCGCACAGCCGGAGCGGAGAAAUAAAGAGACAGAGGGAGGUAAACUCUGACAUUUGAAAAGCAUGUGUCGCUGCAACGCUAGAGGGGAUUCGUCGCCUUACGCGUCGCCUCGGAAGAAAACGGGGUGCUAUUGACAGAUGCCCAGAGGAAGAGGAGCUGUAACAAGAGAAGUUAGCGCUCCUUCUCACCAGGAGAUGAUUACAAGCCUUGGGUCAGUGCUUGUCUUUUUGUUUUUUGUUUGUUUUUUUUUCUCCCUGCCUCUCACUCUCUCUUUCCCCUCCUGUGACACUGUAUAGGCCUCAAACACUGCUCGAUAUGCCAUAAAGACUCUGCAGGAGUACUGUUCAUUGCCUUCUGUGACUUGAAGAUUGUACUUACAAUAGAGUCAGAUGUCUGUCAUGAGAUGUUCUUUGUUAGCAUGUGCCAGUACUGAUGAAGCAAAACGACAUUCGUCUCAGUGUUUUGACGUUUUUGUAUUUUGAGGUUUCUUCUCCAACCGAAGUUAUUCACAGCUGUGUUUUUUUUUUUUUUUUUUCCAUUUACUGGCUUUACAGCUCGUGAAUGAUUACUACCAGACAACAUCCACACUUUUAUGAUAUAUAUUUUGAAGUUCUCAUCCAGCCCUCUUUGUGUUCAUUUUCUGUUUUUUCUUUCCCAGUCGUAUGAAAAGUUUGAGGUAGAACUAAUUUUUUUAAAGUGGGACUAUGUAACUUUUGAACAGCACCCAAGGUGGCAGUGAGUUUCGCUUAAUUUCACAAGAUUUGCUUGGGUCAGUGUAGAGCCGCAAUGAUUAGUUGAUUGACCAGUUAGUUGGCUGACAGAAAAUUAAUCUGCAACUGUUUUAAUAAAGGCUCCAGCCUCCUUAAAUAGGAGCAUAUGCUCCUUUUCCUUGUCAUAAAUGAGAGUAAAUUGAAAAUAUUCCGGUUUUGGACUGUGGAUUGGACAAAACAACCAUCAAACAUUUAAUAGAUUAAACAAUUAAGCAACGUGUCCGGAAAAUUAACGGCAGAUUUGUCAGUAAGGAAAAUAAUCAUUUAGCCUAAUCAUCAAGCCUUGAAUUACUGUGACAACGCUAAAACAGUGUUACAGUAGCACAAGUAGAGGUGAGUCACAAAGUCAGCAAACUGACUCAAUAACGUCGGUUACACAACACCAUCUUUCUAAAGUUAGUUGAGGUACUGGUGUGCACUGAAUAUAGAAAGAAUUAGCUGUAUUGCUUAUGACUCCAACUUUUUAUUUACAAGAGGAAGAUGGUGUUACAUAGUUUUGCUUUAAGAAAGACCAGACAAAAGUACAGCACUUUAAAAGUGGAGGGAGGCCUUGUUUAUUUAUUAUCAAACCGCAUAUCUGCGCGAUAAGAACUGGAAGUAAUGUGAAUAACUCGAGAGGUGUGAUUGAUCUGUUCAUUUUAACGGCAAUAUUGUUAUCAAAUGUGACCGUUUACCGUCCACCUGGGAGGUAAGUCAAAAAAGCAGGACUCCCCAGUUUAUUGAGAGCGAAAUGCAAGCAAUGAAUGUAAUGUUUUUAGAAUGAAUUGGGGUCCAGAGAAUGAAUGCUCAUGACUUUCAUGACUCAGACAUGUCUGUUUUAACCACUAAGCCCAUGUCUGAAUAGUUGGAGACUUCUUGCGACUGUUUUAAUUUAACGUUCCCACAAGUUGUAGCAAUUUCUGCAUCUCCUGCUCCUUUUUAAAUACCCUCCUCCUCUGCUCCUGAAGGUCUGCACACAUUCUCUGCUAAGACUGUUUCAGAUUUUUUUGUUUUGUUUGUUUUGUUUUUGAGUGGGAACUUUUGUACCACUGUGUGUAUACUGUAUAUAGACUGAGAGUGCUGAUGACAAAAUUCUCACUGAAGUUAUUUGAUUCUGAGGGGCAACCUAGCAGGUACCAUCUGUGUGUCUGGCGUUAAUCAGUAAUAAACAAGCAUUUCAACUUGU